AUGAAGAUCGUAACCACUUUUCACCCAUCUUCGUCAGUGGUCAGCUCAGUCAAAUGCCGAUUGGCCUCUCGAGACCUUGAGCAUCUCGUCAUCGCCAAAUUGGAUAGGAUAGAUGUGUAUUCCCUCCAACCAAGUGGUCUGCAGCACGAGUGCGGUAUCGAUGUAUGGGGGAGGGUUCUCUGUGUAAAGGUGCUACCCAUACCUGGGACGGAUAGGUCCAAAUUGGUUCUAAUGACAAGUCACCCAGACCCAGAGCUCGUAUUCUUCUCGUACAGAGAUAACGUAGAGGGAGGGGCCCAGUUGAAAGUGACCAAGUCGUUAUCGCUGUACGAGCGAUCAUCCCGAACGGCUGAAUUCUUCAAUGACCUUUUGAUUCACCCCUCUGGAACACUAGCUAUCGCAAGCUGUUAUGUUGGCAAACUCAGGAUAGUUAAACUGGAAGGUGGUGACUGGGUUGAAGACUAUGAUUAUACGCUUCCAGAACUCAAUGUCCUCUCCAUUGCAUUCCUACCCACCGAAGAAUAUUCUAUCGCCAUCCUCCAUGUGGAUCUUCAAUCUCGUGUUCAACUUCUCGCUCGCGAAAUACCAGAAUCCUCAGACUCAGAUUUCUCAAUACGCCCAUCGACCGUUCUGAAUCCAACGGUGAUCUCGAAUAAAUCUAUUCCCUUCCCCACCGAGUACAUUCCCAAACUCGUCGCAGUGCCAGCCGGACAAUAUGAAGAGGUAGACGAUGAUUCGACCUUCUUGGGAGGGGUAUUAGUCAUCGGAGGGCGGAAAAUACUCCUUUACGAACUAGCCUCCGAGGAAAGCAGAGAAAAGCAGAAAGGGAAGGCAGCGAGGUUAGAGAAGAUGCUGGCCGAUUCAGACAAGGCUCAGGAGGCAAGGGCGAAACAGGCUGAAAGGGAGGGCAGGAGAAGGAAGCCUACAGCAUCUGUGGUAUGGCCUUGGGACGAAGUGGCAACAUGGUGUGUGAUCGACGACUCGCGUUUUCUCAUUAGCGAUGUUUGCGGUGGCCUCUCCUUACUCGGCGUUGACAACGUCAAGACCAAUGGGAUGACCCUUCUUCCUUUGGGAAUGACAUCCCCACCGACAAGCCUCACCUACCUGACCAAUCAAGUCAUCUUCGUUGGUUCUCACCUAGGCGAUUCCCAACUCGUGCAGGUCUCGUCAACACCCAAUAAUCAGGAUGGCCCGAUGCUUGAUAUAUUGCCAGAAAUCAAGACUGUUGCCAGAAACAUGCCUGCCCCUAGUCGCGAUAAAGGCAAGGGACGCGCGAGCGACGAAGCUAUGGAUGUGGAUGACGAGGACGAUGACGACAUCUCUCGAGGGCGAAUAAUAAAGCCAGAAGGCUCUCAUCUCCACGUAUUGCAUUCCUUCAAGAACAUUGCACCCAUCAACGAUGCUGUAGUCGUCGAUGUUGAAGGGAACGGUCAGAACGAAAUUGUCACCUGCUCUGGCGGCUAUACCAGUGGUUCAUUGAAUAUUGUUCGCAGCGGAGCAGAGUAUCAUGAAGCCGCAACCCUCCCGGGAGUUUGCAACGUUAACUCGCUCUGGACAAUCAAGUCUAAUUUUGAAGACACCAUUCAUUCCCAUAUCGUCGCAUCCACCCAUGAUCGCACCUUAUUGUUCCGUAUCAAAGACGAUGGGAGAAACACUACGUUCACCCUGUUGGACUCGACCGCAGCGCGUGAUUUCAUCACCGACCAGCCCACUGUUGCCUUGGCCAAUGUCAGGAAGCGAGUGUCAGUGGAGAGAAAGUCUGUAUACAGAGACUGUAACUGGGUAGUUCAAGUCACUGACAACGUCGUCAACCUGCUGGAGCACGAUGUCGUGUUGGGAGGGUUCAAUAAGCGGGCAAGUUGGUCACCGCCCAGCUCUGUUGCACCUCGACCAGUCGAAAUUGUGGCAGCUGAUAUCAAUCCAACUCAGGUUGUGUUGGCUCUGAGUGGUGGAAGACUGGUCGUCCUCCGGCACAACGAGGAAGGUACCGCAUUCGAAUUAGUGGCAGAAAAGAAUACUCUCCGAGAAAUCUCAGCAGUCUCGUGCCAGGCUGCAGACACCAAGACACCAUACACCAAAGUCUUCCUCGUCGGCUACUGGGAGCAAGUUGCAGAAGCAGAUACCGACCGGGACACUGUCGUCGAGAUCCUUGAAUUGGAGAGACGGUCCAACCCCGGGUCAGGCACACCUUCGUUAACUUGCCUCGUCAAGGUCUCUAAGAAAUACGUGCCCGCCCUUCCGCGAUCACUCUUGCUCUACUCUUUCGGUGUCCCUGAUAGCGAACCUACAAACUUGAAACCCAACUCGCAGCCCACACAUUUGUUCUGCGGACUUGCGGAUGGCUCUGUUGCGCAUUUCGUGGUGUGGAAGGAUGGAGGUUUGAAUGUGACUGAUUCUAAAAUCGUGCCGCUGGGUACGACACCUGUGAAGUUUAGCGCCUGCGUAGUGGAUGGGAAGAGGUGUGUUCUGGCAGUUGGGAAUAGGGCGAGUAUAUUCUCGUACGAACGGAAACGAAUGGCUCAUUCGCCGGUCAUGUUAAAGGACUUGAACGCCGCAUAUCCUUUAAACACGCACACCUUCCCCACCUCCUUCAUCCUCGCUAAUCAUCAAGGGUUGACGAUUGGUUCUGUCAAGGAGAUAGGAAAGAUUUCGAUUCGAACAAUUCCCCUAGGCUACGAUAACCCUCAGCGCAUCGUUCACAUUCCACUUCUUAGAGCGUACGCCGUAGCGUGUGCGACCUACACGCCGGUUCGCGUUGGCGAUGCUGAGGCAUUUAAGGGAUCUUUGAAACUCUUGGACGACCUUACCUUUAAACAACUGUCUCAAUACAACUGUGACUCGGAUGAGGUCAUCUCCGCUCUGACGACGUUCACGGAAGAGAUAUCGGGAAAGGAAACCCCCUUACUCGUCGUUGGCACUUCUUCGUCGAGCCAGGCGAGAUUGCUUGUGUUUUCUGUCGCUUCGUCGGAAGCAUGUCAAGAAUUGACUUUGAUCACUUCCCUGGAGGUCAAUGGACAGCAUGUAAAUUCGCUGUGUGUUAUGGGAAACUAUGUGCUUGCCGCUGUGGAUUGUGCAGUGUUCUCUUACAAGUUCAAGGGAAGCUCAGACGACACAGAUAGCCAAUCCUCUGAACUGAAAGAGGUCGGCGAGUGGAAUCACAACUAUAUCGUUCGAUCUCUAGGGUCGUUCAACAACAGCCUCGUCAUCGGCGACAUCGCAAGCUCGGUUUCGUUGGUGAACGUGAACAAGGGUCAAUUCACUCCUAUCGCGAGGGAUUAUGCGCCUCUGUUCCCUUACGCAUUGGAAGCAUUGAGCGAGAACGCUCUCAUCGGUGGCAAUGAUGCGUCGAAUCUUUUCACGUUCUCACUUGGACAAGGGGGUAUGGGUCGUAAAGUCCUUGAAAGAGAUGGCAGUUUCUUCCUAGGAGAUCUCGCGACGAAAUUCAUCCGAGGUUCAAUAACCACCGACUAUACCGCCAUAGAGGCAUUGGAGCCCAUCGCAAUCUUCUUCACCGGUAGCGGUAGGAUAGGGGCGGUCAUUGAUAUCAAAGAUCAGCAAUUGGCGCUGCACUUGUCUGGAUUGCAACGGAACCUUUCUGCAUUGGUCCAGGGCGUCGGUGCCUCCACUCACACAAAAUUCCGGGCACCGCGUAAUAAUCGAGGUCGUACGGAUGCAGAGGCAGCAGGAUUUGGCUUCAUCGACGGGGAUUUCGUGGAAACUUUCUUGGGUAUGCUUGGAGAUAAGGGGAUGGUGGACAAGGUCAUGACCGGGCAGAGUGCACCGGAGAAGCUCGAAUUCUCGGUGGACGAGUACCAGAAGACCCUGGAAACAUUACAAGGGCUGCAUUGA